AUGAGUGAAUAAACUAAAUUUCGCAUUCUUAAAACUAUUUAACCAACACAACAAUAUUAAACAACAUGGCCAACUUAAAGAUCUGAUACUUCUAAUGAGAGAUUGACUAGAAUAGAACGAGAUUCACUUCCUAAUUUAAAAAGUUCAUAACCGUACUCUAAUAUAUCCUACAGAUAUUCUUAAAAGCAUAAGCCUCUAUCUUAAGGAGUAUUCUAUUAAUAAAUUCAUAGAUAUUUUAUGGAUCUCCAUUACUUGCAUAAAAUUAAUUAGAAAUCAUUGAUAAAAUGAAAUGUUAAGCCCGUAAUGAUUUUUAUGGCCAAUUGAAAAGUUUUGAUCCUUAUUAAUAUCCUACACGUCUAUAAGAUUUAUAUAUCUCACCUAAAUCACUAAGAGAGCGUAAUUCUUUUAAUUAAUAUUGAAGCUACUGUUGAAGUGCAUAUUCAUAAUGAAUUAAAAGAACCCUAUCUAUAAUUAGGCAAUUUCAGUAGUAAUCUAUCUAAACAUAACCCAAGAGAUAAAAUUCAUAGAGGUAUUCCAUAAAAGUAAUAUUUAAUUAUCUAAUUAGACAUGAUAUUAAAUCACUUGCUAUUUGGGUAGAUCUGAUGGUAUAAUAGAUUAUAGAAAAAUAUAGUGAUCAAAAACAAAUUGAUUUUUAUGAAGAAGUAUAAAAUGUUUUAACAUUAUGUUUAAAAGAAUUAAUACGAUAAAUUAGUAUUGAUUGUAUUGAAAGGAGGUGAUGUAAAUUUACAAAUAUAUUUAGUGUUUUAUUAGAAAAGAUUUGGACAUAAUAUGUGGAAAUUAAUUCUACUGUCAUUAAUUAAGUUGUUAAUGAAAAAAAGGAAAAUGAAAAAUAAAAUCUAAAAUAAAUAAUGAAAACACAUUAAUUAUAUCAAUAUGAAAUUGAUAAUUUUUAAUUAAUUAUUUCUAAUUAGAAAGAAGAAUAAACCAAACUUACAGAUAAAUUAAUUAGAUUAAAAGAUAAUGGAAAAUAUCUCAAAAAAACUAAUAAAAAUUUACAAAAUACAAUCAGAGAACUUAAAUUCUAAUUAAAUGAUUACACUACUUCAAAUAAAUAUUUAUUAAAUGAAAUUCAAAAUCUUAAAUAACAAAUCUAAGAAAAUGAAAUUGAUAUUCACAAUUUUUAAUAAUCAUCAUAAGCUAAUUGCAGAGCUUCAUCUCCAUAAAAUAGUGAUCACUCACCUCUUUAAUUCCCAUAACCUAUAAAAGUUAUCUAAGCUAGUGCACAUAAAUCAUUUAAUAUUUAAAUUGAAGAAUAAUUGAAAAAUGCCUUAAAAAGCGAUUCAGAAACUACUCUUUCAAAUUUUGAAGAUAUGCUCAUUAAUUAAUCUACUGAUACCAAUGAUCUAAUUAUACUAAUGAACUUAUAAAAAGAUUAAUCUACUCAAACUAUUGCAUCAAAUAUUUAACCUGAACAUAAGUAACCUAUAUAUAUUAUAAACAUAGAUCAAUACUUCUCCCUGAUCUAAGACAUAAUGUUGUUUAGACUGAUUAUAGUAUAAGCAAUUUUAUGGAAAAAGAAAUACAAACUGAAUUACCUACAGAAAUUCUUGAAGAAAUAAAAACUGAAGAAGAUCAAUUAAUUCAAUUUUAAGAACAAUUUAUAAAAACUUAAGAAAAUUAUAAAUAACUUUUAGAAGGGGAUUAAAUAAACAGUCCUGAUUUAAAAUAAAUAUCAUCUUUUUUACUAAGUUUAGGUGAUGUUUCAUCCAAAAUGAAAUAAGCAGUCUAACAUUAAAGAGAAUAUAGAACUAGUCUAUUACUUAUUAAUAGUGCAUAAUAAGAUGAAAAUUAAAGAAAAAAUAAUGAAUUACAAUAAUUGGUAAUAUUUUGAUUAAUGAAUUAGAAAAUAAAUCAUGAUAAUCUAUAAUUAAAUUUAGAAUCAGCUAAAAAUGAAAUUAUAGAAUUAGAAAACCAUUUAGAAUUAUAAGAAUAAGUAAAUAUCAUUAAUUAUUAUAGAUCAAUUCAAAAUUAGAAAGAAAAUAUAAUAAAAUAAAAGAUAAGAAAUAAUAACUAAUAGAAAAAACUACUAAUUUAAUUAAUCAAUUAACUAAAACAUAAUAAUUCACUAAUAUUAUGAAAAAGAAAAUAUAAGAAAAGAAAACUAAUAAUUUUGGAUAAAAAAAAUAACCUGCCACCUAAUCAUAAAGUUAAUUACCUUCAUCUAUAGAAAUAUCUUAAAAUUUUUAAUAAUAAUUUUUAUUAUCAAAUAAUCCAUCAAAUCAACAAUAAUAUCUUAUUGCUUCAUCACCUGGAAGAUAAUAGUUAAAUACUAAUAGAAAAUAAAAUAAACCUGAAAAUUCAUCUAAUACAAUCAUAUAAUAAGAGAUAUCAAAUUAAUAAAUAAGUGUACCAAAAAAGAAAUGGAAUAUUUAAAUAACAAAUACGGAGGAAUAAUAAAAGGAAUCUGAUAAUGAGAGUGAUAGAUCAUUAUCUUAGAUAUCAUUUUAAUAAAGUAUUUCAAUAGCUUAAGAUGUAUUAUAUAUAUUGUUAAAUAGGAUAUUAUUUCAUAACGUAGUUUUGCAUCAAAUAGAAGAUCAUCUUAAAUUUAGUCUCAAGCUAAAUCUCCUGGCAAUCAUGUAAAUAUAAAUAUAGUAACUGUAGUAAUUAAAUACAAAUAAUGGUAACAAUAGAUAAGGAUUAAAAUCUGCAAAAAAAAGUAUUCCAACUUAAAAUAAUCUUAAUAUUGAAAGUGUAAAAAUGAUUUCAGACACUUUAAAAAAAUUUCUAAAUGAAGAAUUAGAUAAUAGUGUGGCUUCAAGUAUUGAUUCAUCUUUUUCAUCCAAAAUGGAAGCUUAUUCAAAAAGAAAAUCAGAUAGACAACAAAAGAAAAGAAAUAUUACAUAAACAUAAGCCCCAAGUAAAUAAUUGUUGAACAUUUUAAGAAUUUUAAAAUAGAAAUAAUGCUGAAUCCACAUCUUAACUCAAUUUUUAGAGAUCUAAAUAUUUAGUUACUUUUUUGGCUGAGCGUUUUGCUAAAAAUCCAAAGUUAGCCACACCUAAGAUGUAAAGAAUAAAUGUUUUAAAAUUCGUUUCAUAAUUUUAUUGUGAAAAAAUUAAACAAUAUUCUAACAAAAAUACUCCUUUACAUUAAAUAUGUUAUGAGCAUUUUGUCAAUACUUAUGGAUUCAAGAGUAUGGCUGAAUAAAAAUUAACAAAUUUCUAUUAAUCAAUAUACUUUUAUAGAGAAAAUUUCAGAAUCAAUCUAUUUGGAAGGUAUAUAUAUGAUUGAUUCAAGAUUUUUGGAAUUAUUAAGUCCCCUUACAUUGGAUGAUUUAGAAAUUUAUAUCCAAUCAUUGAAAAUUCUUGAUGAAAAUGAAAUAGCUCUUCAUAUGGCAUCAAUUGUAAAUGAGAAGGGAGUAUUAGUUACAUUAGAUAAAGCUAUAGCAUCAUUGGAUAUGCAACAUUAAUGUUUGAGUAUAGAAAUCAAGGAUAAAAUAAUAAAGGAUAUUCGUUUAAAUACUUAUGAAAGAAAGAACAAAAUUUGUGUUGAUGUAGAUUUCUUUAUUAGUAAAUUAUUGAAUGGAUAUCAUUAAUACAAAUUGUCACAUUAAGCACACUUUGAAGAAGUAUUUUAUUCAGCUGAUAUGGAUAUGGAUGGAAUGAUAGAAUUUCAAGAGUUUUAAAAAUUAUAUUUACAUUUUGAAAUUAAUUAAGGAACUAAAUCAAAUAAAAAGUUAAUUAGAACUCAAUUUAUGGAAAGAUGUGAUACUAUAUCAAAUGAGAGUGGUGAAAAAGCAAUGUCUUUUGAUCGAUUUGUUACAUUCUCUUUAGAAAAUAAUAUUUUUUCGGAAGAAAAGUUUUCAGUAUUAAUUAACAGUUAGCAUAUUAGAAAUUUUCAAAAAAUGUUGAUUUUAAUGAUCCAAUUAAGAAUUUGAAUGAUUUGAAAGAUAAUUGGAUAAAUAUAUAAUAAUUAUUGAUUAGUAGAAUUGAUUUUAGUGAACCUAAUGAAGGUGAUUACUAUCAAAAUAUAAUUUAAAAACUUGAUUAAGUAAUUUGAAGUUUAAUAGUAUAGGCUUUGAAAACAAAGGAAUUAAAAGAAUGCUAUUGGAUUUCGUAUAGAAUCUUAGAUGCAGAUACUAAGGCACUUUACUUAAGUAAAAUAGCAGCUGAUUUAAUACCUGAAGAUUUACUAUAUAUUUAAGAAUAAAUGAAUGAAAUUUUUGAUGAUAAUAUUGAGAAUGAAUGA